AUCCAGACGACAUGAAGGCUCCAUCUGUCUCUCUGCUCCUCGGUGUGUGUGUGCUGCUGCUGUCUGCACUAGCUGUUUCUGCAGUCUCUCUGCAGGUCAGUCCAAACCUCCAGCAGAUCUUCAAAAAAUACGCUUCUUCUGUGUCUCUGAGUUGUGUUGAUGAUGAUGGACAGACAGCUGAUGGAUGGAAGGUGAUGAUAACAACAGAUGACUACAGUUAUGACUGUGCUGACAGUCCAAGCUGGUAUGGAUAUGGUGUGGGAUAUUACUCUUUCUGUAUUCUGGAUUCAUUCUUCUCCUCUGAUCAUUUUUACUUCUGUGAAAACUCGUCUGGACAGCAGAGCGAUGAAGUCUCCAUCAGCAUUUCAGGUACACGAAGUGAGCUGUCUCUGUGCGACACUGCACUGCUGGUGGAUCUUUGUCUCUGCAUCACCCUUUUGUGUCUCUGUUGGUCAGAUAGAAGUGUGAUCCUGGAGAUCCCUGCACUUCCUGUGAGGGCAGGAAGUAAUGUCACUCUGCGCUGCAGAAACCACAGGGGUUCAACAGUCGAAGCUUAUUUCUUCAUUAAUGGGAGUCAUGUUGGACCUGAACAUCAGUCAGAGCUCAUCAUCACUAAUGUGCAGAAGUCUGAUGAAGGUGUCUACUCGUGUUCUGUCGGUGUAGAUAAAGAAUCUCUUAAGAGCUUUCUGAGGGUCAGAGAGCCUGCUGCCACCUCUUCUUUCUCCCCUCCUCCCCCUUUUCUUCCCCCCUGCCUCCUCCUCCUCCUCCUCUUCCCUCUUUGUCUGUACUGAGACUCUCCUGCCAUCUAGUGGUCUUCUGUCCAUACUGCAUCUCUGCUUGUGUGCUGCUGUCCAUCUGAUGCAGCAGGAAGAUGGCAAAGAAAUCAGCCAUCUCCAUGGAGAUGACCCAGCACGAUGGAGGAUGUCAAGGAUUGGAUGGAGACUAUGAAUGCAUGACUGCUGAUGUCAACGCUGAGUGUUAAGUCUGGUUUGACUUCUGGCUGUUCCUGAGUGCUCCUGGAUUCACAUGUUCAUUACUUUAACGCUGCAGCUGCUGAAGGCGGAGCUCCUUUGAGUGACCCCACCCUCUGUCCCGCUAGGUGUGACAGAGGCUUUCUGCAGCAUUUUACACCUGAUAUGCUUUAAUGCUUUAAUACCAGCCCAAGAUGUGUUCAUGAUGUGUUUAUCAUCUGCUCCUGUACUGAUGAUGUUCAGCCUCCUCUGUGUAUAAAUAGUCCUGUCUUCAGAUCA